AUGUCAUCGUCGAGUUCUUCUCAUUUAUCAACAAUGCCAUCAUCAUCACGAAUUACUUCUUCAAAUUGUCAUAGUGCUUCUGCAUCUGCAAAUUCUUCUCAAUCAUCAAUAUCCAUUAUCACUCGUGAUUCAUCGAAUGCUGCCAAUUCAUCAUUAUGCAUGCAGCAGUAUACAACUGAUCGAAUUAAAUUUCUAUUGAAACAACAACCAUCGACAUAUAAGGUUCUUGAAAAUGAGAAAAAUAAAUCUUCAAUAUGUUGGAAGGUGUUUGGUUUUCCAGCUAAAAAAAUACAAAAUACUAAUGAAUAUCAAAAGAUUGAUGGUUUUACAAGUUGUCAAACAUGUUAUCAAACAUUUUCUUAUACAUUAAUUACUGGUACUAGAAAUAUGCUUUCUCAUUCAUGUGUUAAAAAUUUAUCAAAUACGAAUAUAACAAAAUUUAUAUCCUCAUCAUCUUCCAGUCAAGUUAAGCCUAAUGAUAUGAUGAAAAUCUAUGAAAAAGUUAAAUUAAGAUCAAAAUUUGGUGAAUUUGAUGUCAAUUGUACUUUACGUGGUGCCGAUACAAUAUCUAAUCAUAUUUAUGAUUUAGCUGAUGAUUAUCGUUUAAAAUUAAAGGAUAUUCUUCGAGAACCACUUGAAAGUGGUGCUAUUUGCGUUAGUCCUGAUCUUUGGUCAGACGAUCACAAGAAAAUCUCUUAUUUGGGCAUUACAGCAAUGUUUACUACCUCAAAUUAUAAAUAUAAAACUGUUGAUUUAUGUUGUAAACCAUUUUUUGGUGAUGAUCAAACGUGGGGAAAAUAUAUUAAUUGUAAGUAUAACUUUUUCAAAUACAAAAUUAUUCAUUUUCACGUUCUUUCUAUACGGUAUACUCAUGUAAAUGUUAAUAGAAUCUAAAAUUUAUCCUUCAUAUCAACAAUUCUUUUAUUUAAACUGAUUUAAAACUAUACUACUACAGCCAGUUUUGAAUUGGUUAUAUGACUAUGAGACAAAAAUGUAGCAAUUUUUUCUUUAGUGGAAUAUAAUGGAGAUGCUUAUUUAUUUAAUAUUGUGAAUGAGUAGGACAUAUAAAUAAUCUAUUAGCUAUUUGAGUGGAAUCUCUAAAUUCAAAUAUAAUAAAGUGAAUCUUUAUUUCUUUUGAUUUUUAAUUCAAAUUCAACAUUUAAAAUAAUAUUUUUUAAUGGUGUUUUAUCUAUAUAACAAUAUUUUCCAAAGGAAAUAGUUAAAAGGAGGACUUUUCAUCCAAGAUAAAACUUAUUUCAUAACAUAAACGAGGGUGUGGGUGUGGGUGUCGGUAUGGUUGUGAGCUGUGAACAGAGAAUAGAUACCCACACCCUCACGUUUAAAAUUAUUAGAAAAAUUCAACAUAAACCUCCAAAGGGGAGGAAGAAGCUGACUGAGAGCAGUAGGUGUGGAGAUAGUCACCAGAUUCAUGAAGGGCAAACUGUGGUACUCUACUGUCACGGAGUGAUCACGUUUCGCCUCGUGAUGUUUCUAUCUAACUGUAGCUUUCUUUCACAACGCGUUCACUUUUUCUUUUCUUUCCUCUCCUAUGGAUUUUUCCCUUCCUGUCCUCUGCAUUAUCACAUAUCGGAUUUUUCCUUUUCAUAUACUUAUUGUGAGUGCGGGUGUGGGUGUGUGAGUGGGCAUCAGUCUUCUCUCAAUCCACACCCAUACCCGCACCCUCCUUACUUCUGAUUUGUUCUUUUUAAGUCAUGUAUUUUGAUAAUCGGAUUGAUAAAUUUAGAUUGACAAAAAUUUAUUGAAUCAAGAAAUAUAUUCUAAAUAAUUCAAAUUUCAAUAAAUGUAAGUUAGCAAGAAUUUUAGUUUAGAAUAAAUUAAGAGGAAAAUGCCAUACCUAUUAGGGACUAAAAAUGAGUCGAACCGAACCCGAACCUGUAAAACUCGAUUCUAUUCAGUCUCUGACUCACACUCACAUCCAUCUGAUUUCUGAGAUGGAGUAGUAGAAAGUCGGCAACUCAACAAGGAUGUUGAAAAGAAUACAGGGGCCAUGUAAUGAAUGUUACAAGUAGGUCAUAUAAAACCUUGAAUCAUGUGUCUUGAGAGAUAUUGUGACAUCCAAGACAUAAGAAAAUGUGAUCACUGCUGUCGCACAACCAAAUAUUAGCAAUGAUUUUAGAUACAAGUACGAAUGUAUAUAUAGACUUGCGACAACACGAAAUAAGAUACGUCAAAUAUAAUUUCGAACAUGCGGAUCUAUCAUAUAAUGAGAAACCGAAAUGGUCUGUGCUCGGAAGUCUUUUGGCUUUCACGAUUUGGAUUCUAGAUGAAAUUGAUGAUAAGCCUCGUCGGGCAACAGUCUAUCAUGGAUGACACGACAUACAAAUCGAUCCAUUGAUAUUUAAGAACUAUGGGGCGACGAAACAUUAUUCAAAAAAUCACAAACCAAUGUUUAGAUAUGGCGCAUUCAUCAGAAUGUAGGUGUGGACCUUCUUAUUGCUCGCACUCACACACACUCUCAAAUGUAACGCUUUUAUUGGCAUGUUUUUUAUGUACUUUUAAUGAUUCUCAUAGCAUGAAAAUAAUGUAGAAUGCAUUAUUUUCAUGAAUGCAGAAUUUUAAUUAUGCUCAAUGACUUUGAAAAACACGCAGUUUUUUGUCCAAUUCAUCAUCAGAAAUUUCAGCAUUCGUUUACUUCGA